AUGUAUUGUCCAAUAUGUCAUCAUAGAGCAUAUGUUAUGUAUUGUGCUCAUUGCAUUAAUACGAGCCCCAGUUUGCUGUUAAAAUUAAAGUUGAAUUUAAUUUCUAUAAAGGAUGAGAAUGAGUUACUUAGUGGCAAGGUCGAACAAAUACUAAACGAAGCCAUGAACUAUGACCAGCUGAAUAUCAGGGCUUUGGAGCGGAAAAAGGACCCUUUGACGAAUAGCCUCAUGAAGUUGGACGUUUUACGAAUGAAGAAGAAUAACAACCGAAUCAAGCAUAGAAUAGAGCAUUUAAAUGAACGAAUCAAUAGUAAGAGAGAUCACAUCAGCAAGUUGAAACUAGAAAUAGAUAAUUAUAAACACUAUAAGGCGGAAGCUGGUAGAGACAAAUUGAGGGAACAAAUGGAAAUUAAUGAUGCAAAGAACAAGUUAACACAAAUUUCCAGGAUUUGUGAAUCGACCAGAAAUUACAAACUAAACCUGCUGAACGAUUGGUUUGUAAUCCAGAAACUACACGACAAUUUUCAGAUACCAUUUUCCAUUGCCUUUCAGCCAUUAAUAUCGCUGAAGAAUUUCCAUGUUUUGCCUCCUCUCAUAACAGAUGAUUCCAUCAAUACCAUGUGGAAGUAUGUCACUUUCCUCUCCGACAUUCUUGUGAUUAAACUCCCCUACGCCAGCAAUAGUAACGAGCUCCCCAUGUUUGAGUCUUCCGAUGGCAUACAGACAGUAGUACAAAGAUUGAUCAAGUUGAUAAUAAAUAUUUUACAAAUAUGUAGACACUUGAAACUCGUGCCUUCGACACCCAUGGACAUACCAUGGCUUCUGGAUCAGUACGACGUGGACGGACUGUUCUAUAACAUGGUGAAACGGAACAAGAUGAAGUGUAGGUCCGUUUCGCUAUACUGGACUUUUGGAAUGCUGUAUUCCAUGGUUCUGGAUAAUUUGAACAGUCCACAAACAGGACAUCCUGCGAGACGGACCGCACCGGCUCCGGCUCCCACAGGACCUCAUGACCGAUGGUACGUGGUAGGCUAG